AUGGUGAACUGGAUACAAGUGCUAAGAAAACACUUAGUUGCCCGUCUGGCGACAAGCGCCGGCCUCCGGCAGCACGCUGUUGCCGUCGAUGACGCGGGCACUGUCAUAAACUUCUGGCUGCCCGAUAAUGACGAUGCACCGGACAGGAAGCAGAAGCAGCGGAAGAAGCACCAGCCCGUGGUGCUCGUGCACGGCUUCGCCGGCGACGGCAUUAUGACGUGGGUGCUCCAGGUGGGCGCCCUCACGAAUCGUGGCUACGACGUGUACGUCCCCGACCUGGUGCACUUCGGCGGCUCCACAUCACCGUUGCUCGACCGCUCCGUGGCCUUCGAGGCACGGUGCCUCGCGGCGGCUCUACGGAAGCUUGUAGUCAGUGCGGCCGACGUGGUUGGCUGGAGCUAUGGCGGGUUCGUGGCAUUCGAGCUGGCGGCCGUGUACCCAGAACUGGUCCGCUCCAUCAUCGCCUCCGGCAGCACCGUCAAGUACACUAGCGCCAUGAGGGACGACUUGCUGGGGAUGCUCGGCUGGGCCCAGUCGCUGACGGAGCUCUUGGUGCCGGAGUCGGUUGGCCCGCUCAGGUUGCUGUUCUCCAACGCCAUGCACAUGAAGCCGUGGUUUCCGGAUCGCCUUCUCAGGGACUUUCUUAAGGUGAUGUAUUUCAACCGAAAGGAGAGAGCUGAGAUGAUAGAAGAUAUAGUCGUCGGGGACACAGAAGCAUUUGCCCCUGUUUCUCAGCAGAGCAUACUCCUGUUGUGGGGUGAAAAUGACAACAUGUGGCCCAUAGAGGAUGCUGAGAGUCUGAAAAACAAGCUAGGCGAGAAGGCGAUCCUGCGACGCAUAAGCAAAGGAGGGCAUCUUGUACAACUGGAGAGGCCAUGUGUCUUCAACAGCAACCUCAUAGAGUUCCUGGCUCAUGGCAACACACAUUCCUCUUGA